UGGGAGUGGGUGGGAAGUUGCAAGGGUGGCGGGGUGGGGCGUCAGUCAGUCCGUUGGGUUCCUAGGCAGCAGCAACUCCUCAUGCGCACGGCUGCCAGGCGGGAGAGUCACGCAGUUUUGUAACCUUCUGAUGCAGGUAAACAAAUCUGAAUCAUCCCGCCCUGCCAAGCAUCACCAUCGUCACCAUCAACAGCAACAGCAGUCACCUUCCUUCCUCAUAAAAACUGGGACUGGCUCAGCGCGGCGCGGCAUUGAGGCCGAGUCAGCAGUAUCGUCCAGGGCGUGCUGGCGUGUGCGUGUGUGCGAGUGUGCGCGUGGCGGGCCGGGGGAAGCAAGGACCUCAAGUGCUGCUGUGGCUCCUGUUGGAAGUGCCGCCACCAACCCGCCGCUCAGUGCCGUGUCUCGUGUGUCGCAGGGCCGCCCCACACCCCACGCAAGGAGCCGAGGCGCUGGAGGGCGUGACCGAGUGAUGCUUAGUGAUUGGGAGCCACGUUAAGAAAGUUUCCCGAGCAGCCAGCCAGCCAGCCAGCCAGACUCGACCCCUUGGUGAGGCAACAAGAGGCUCGACGCGCCCACUCCCACGCCAUGAACCAUCCUGCCCUCUGACACGCACGGACAGACGGACGGAUAAACAGACGGCCCAACGGACAUACCAAGCCCCUCCUCCCCCAGUCUUCCCCGCCAGCCGGCCAGCCAGACAGACAGGCACUCAGACAGCCAGUAUAACCUACCCUCCUGCUCUGCCUGUGUCCCUUGCACCCUCUCCCUCCCUCCCUCCCUCCCUCACACCUCUCCCCGAACCGUGCACACAAGAGCCGAUCACAAGACUCAUCGUUAGUGUGAGUUAGUGAGUGAGUGAGUGAGGUGACCUAUAAGACUCUCCCCACCUCCAUCACAACCACCGCCGCCGCCGCCGCCUUAGGCUCGUCCUUCACACACACACACACACACACACACAGCAGAGCACAGCACCACACAGCUCCUUCCUCCUCCUCCUCCUCGUCCAUUCCUUUCCUGAGUGACUGACCGACUCCGCUACCGCCAUCACCACCGUCACCACCUCUUCCUCCUCCUCCUCCGCCGCCGCCGCCUCCUCCCAUCCACUCCUCGCUCCGCCAUGGCUGGUGCGGGAGGUGCUGCCCGGCCCUGCUGGAGGCGCCUGCUGGGGGUGUGGGUGCUGCUGGUGGGCUGUUGGUGUGCUGCUGCCUCGGCCAAACUCAUAUACGUGGAGGAAAAUCUACCCCUACCGGGGGAGGAGGCGCCACAGGGGUCGCCAUGGCCGCUGCCGCACGAGUGGUCACAUGACCCCCGCCAGGUGACCCUCGACCCCGCCACCUUCACCAUCUCCGCUGACCUGCUUGGCUGUGAUGUCAUCGAUUACGCCAUCCACAGGUAUCUAAACUUGACCUUCAUCGGCGCCGAGACCAAGGCCGACGUGGGACUCCCGGUGCUGCCCUUCGUCAACAUCACCGUGGCUUCGGGCUGCGACCACACCCCACACCUCAACCUGGACCCCAACUACGAGUCAUACACCUUGGAGAUACUACUGACGGAGGAGGCAGUGGAGGGCGAGGGUGAGGAGCCGCUGGUGAAGGUAACGGGAAAGCUGGACGCUCACACCGUCUGGGGCGUCCUGCGAGGCCUGGAAACCUUCUCACAGCUGGUGCACAUCGCCGAGCCGGAGGACGUGUACCACCUCAACGUGACCACCGUCCGCGACGCCCCGAGGUUCCCCCACCGCGGCCUGCUCCUCGACACCGCCCGACACUUCCUGCCCAAGAACAUCCUGCUGGACGUACUCGACUCUAUGGCGUGGAACAAGCUCAACGUCCUCCACUGGCACAUCGUGGAUGACCAGAGCUUCCCCUACGAGUCCAGGAUCUUCCCUAACCUUACCCUCUACGGCGCCUACACCCCCCGCCACGUAUACACGCAGCGGGACGUGAUGGACAUCGUGGAGUUCGCGCGCUACCGAGGCAUCCGCGUGAUCCCCGAGUUCGACACCCCCGGCCACGCGCAGGGCUUCGGCAAGGCCUUCCCGCACCUCCUGACGCCCUGCUACGGUGACGGCAAAACAGCGGGUACCCCCAACUACCCCUACCACGCCGCCUACGAAAAUCUUGACCCCACUAAUCCACAGGUGUACGACUUCCUGAAGGCUUUCCUGGUGGACCUGAAACACACCUUCGUGGACGGCUACAUCCAUAUGGGCCUGGACGAGGUGUUCUUGCCGUGCUGGUCCAGCUCGCCGGUGGUGCGCGCCUUCAUGGCCCGCCACAACUAUACGGAGGUGCGCCAGGUGGAGCAGCACUACGUGGAGCGCGUCCUUGAGCUGGCCGACCUCACGCCGCUCAACUACAUCACCUGGCAGGACCCGGCGGACCGGGGCACGGAGAUGGCCAACACGAGCGUGGUGCAGGUGUGGAAGGACGUGUCUCUCUCGCCGUCCAAGAUGCGCGGCUGGCGGGAGUACGUGAAGGACCUGACGGCGGCGGGCCACCAGGUGAUCGUGUCCUCCUGCUGGUACAUCAACUACAUCACCUACGGCCAGGACUGGAAGAACUUCUACAAGUGUGACCCCACAGACUUCCAGGGCACCCCGCAGCAGAAGGCGCUGGUGCUGGGCGGCGAGGCGGCCAUGUGGGGCGAAUACGUGGACGCCACCAACCUGCUGCCGAGGCUGUGGCCCAGGGCGUCUGCCGCGGCGGAGAGGCUGUGGUCCGUGCCGUUCAGCGAGGCGCCCUCCGUCGACAUCGCCGCAUACCGCCUCGACCAGCACCGAUGCAGGAUGCUCAGGCGAGGCGUGUCGGCGCAGCCCAUCCUAAACGGUUACUGCGGGGAGUGGGAGGUGCCUCAGGUGGUGACCAUGUCCACGCCACCACCACCCACCACCACUACGACCACCACGACCACCACCACGCCGCCGCCCACCACUACCACCACCACCACCACGGAACCCCCCACCACCACCCCAUCCACCACAACCCCUCCUUCCACCACUUCCACAACCACCACGCCCGCCACCACCACCACCACCACCACUACACCGGCCACACCAGCACCGACUGAAGCCCCUGCAGAAACUUUAGCAGGGGAGCAGACGCAGGGAGAGAGCCAGGGAGACCAGCCACCGCCCCCUGUCACCACCGCGACCCCCCCUACGGUGCCCCCUGCAGCAGACAUUACCUUGAACGAGUCCACGGGUGACGCCAGUACGCGGUGAAGGAGGAAGAGGCACUAGGGCGACGAUAACCACAGCAGGAGAAGCGCCAAGCCUUAUCCUGCUCUUCCUCCUCUUCCCGUUCUCUUCCUUCCCUCCCCUCCUCCCUUCCUCCUCCUCCUCCUCCUCCUUAACCUUGACGACGAUUACUACUGAAAAACCGCCAAUCCUCCCCUUCUUUUCCUCCUCCUCCUCUUCUUCUUCACCGCCUUUCUCCUUUCCCCUUCCUUCCUUUCCUUGCUCGUGUCCCGAAGAGUCCUCUGAAGGUGCUCGCGGCCGCAACAAAACACGUGAUAAUUAUAACAUAGGUGUGUGUUUCUCAUGUGGAUGGGGAAUGUUAAUAAUUCGUCUUGUAGUGAGGGAUCGACAGCAUUUUUUGUUAAGGGUUAGUGUUAAGAAAAUAGCCAUGUAACCCCCCUCCUCCCCCCCCCCCUCUUCCCGCCCCACAAACAUCAUACACCCAUAUUCAUAAACUUAUCAUGUAGCGCCUCACUUCGCCUGUUUAAAAGUCUCUCGUAGAUGUUUAUGGGAUGUUCAUGGACUGUUUUGUGAUCCUAGUAUUAGUUUAACGGGGCUAUUACACCGGGCAAAUUUUCCGUGGAUCUUCAGUCAAACCACGAUUUCCGCUAGCGUGGUUCGCAUUUGUUUCUUGUUAUUGCUGCUGCUGCUGAUGAUGAUGGUGAGUAAUACCGUCGUCCAUCGGUGAAAUCUACCUUAAGGGGCUAUUACACUGGGCAAAUUUUCCGUGGAUCUUCAGUCAAACCACGAUUUCCGCUAGCGUGGUUCUCAUUUGUUUCUUGUUAUUGCUGCUGCUGAUGAUGAUGAUGGUGAGUAAUACCGUCAUCCUUCGGUGAAAUCUACCUUAACUUUGGAAGAUCGUGGACACGUCAGAAAACCACGGAAAUAUGAGAACCACGCCAGCGGAAAUCGUGGUUUGACUGAAGAUCCACGGAAAAUUUGCCCCGCUGCGAUUGGCACGGAUUUAGCCUUUACUGGUAGCCUGGAAACAUAUACUCCCAGGUCUUUCUCUGCCUCUGUGGUGGAUAGUGGAGUGUUUCCCGUGUGGUAUUGGUGUCCUGGAUAUCCCCUCCCAAGGUAUAGGACUUUACAUUUUUCUUCAUUGAAUUGUAGCAGCCACUUUUUGUUCCAUUCCUGUAGCUUGAUGAGGUCUGACUGUAGGAAAUCCGCAGUCAAGGGGUUAACACGACUUCUGCAUCUUGAAGGGGAAAACCACCCAUGAAAACCUGGUCAGUCUUCUCCGCGGCCUUGGAAAACAGUCGUAUAGUGGGAGCCCGAUGCGUUUAAUAAUAUGGCCCAUAAUCCUAUAGUAGCCUUAUUACUCCCCCUCCCUCCCUCCCCCUUCUCACUGCUCCUCCUACAGCCUUUUCUUUACUCCAUCUCUUUACUCCAUCUCUCCCUAUCACUCCUACUCAUCCUCUUACUUAUCCUUCACUUACUCUUUUUUUUCCUUCCAUCUCUCCUACCUCUACUCAUCCUCGUACUUACUCCUGCUCUUUUUUAAUCCUUUUACUCAUUCUCCUCCUAUCCCUCCUCCUCCUCCUCCUCAUCUUCCUUCCUGUUCCUCCUACCUCCCCUCCUCCUCCUCCUCCUAAUCCUACUUAUCCUUCUCUUACUCGUUAUCUUAUUCUCAUUCUCCUCUUUUUUUUUUUUCUUUUAGUUCUUUCUCCUACUCCCAUUCCUACUCCAUUCUACUCUUACUUAUCAUAUUCCUGCUCCUCCUUCAUCCCAUCUUCCUUCAGUUAUGCUUUAUCUUCACCAUCCUUCCUUCCUCCCUUCCUGCCUUCCUUCCUUCCUUCCUUUCCUCCAUCCAUCCCUUUCUCAGCUUCUUCAAUCCCAUCACUGUGUUGUUUAGUGAAUUCUGCAUUUAUUAUUUUUAUAUUAUUAUUAUUGCAUAUACUCAACAUCAGUUCAUAAGACCGUGAGAGAGAGAGAGAGACAGAGUGAGAGAGAGAGACGUUCGAAUGUUACUUAGUAGUGUUGCCAGUCCCGUACGCAGCAACACCUCAUACACAAUAAAGUUUUGGCUACA